GCGCCCAUGCGGUGUACCAAAUUGGAUAAUAUCAGAAACGAAGAUAUUAGAAAGCAACUGGAAAUUUUUGCAGUUAACGAUAACAUUAAUGGUCUGAAGGAUAAGUACAGGUCAAAGCCGUUAAUUAGACGACGAAUAAAGUUUUAAACGAGAUUUCAUUUUAACGCGGCAAUAAAUCAAUCAAUUAUAAUUCCCACGAGGAUUAAACACUGGUAAUUAUUGACCCCCAACCAAAAUUUCUAAUCAAGGUUAAAUAAAUAUUUACUUAAAUUAAAUCACGAGCGUGCUUCUUCAAUAUCUUCUUCACUUGAACAUCAAAAUAUUUUGAUGGACUCUAAAGCGAUUAAUAAUCAAUAAAAAAUGUUUUUUUUUUAAUUGAAACAAUCCAAUUUGAGUCAUAAUGUCUUAUUCGUGCAUAAAAUAAAGAAUUAAAGUGUUGAUAACCAUCAAACAUGCACUCGACGAGGAUGUAAUUGUAAUUUGAUUGAUUUUUGAGCACAAAAGAGUGAUUUAAAUACACCAUUUCCGGUUGUUGUUGGGUACGCACGUAACCGGAAGUUGAAGCGACACAAAAAGAGUUUUCAUUCUCAUUUUAUCUAAAACCACCGAAAUGAUCGAUAAACCGCAAGAAAUAUCGUUAAAAACUUGCAAAUUAAAAUUUUGUUCAGAUCAAUUGCAAAAUUUGAAUUAUUUGUUUCGAAAAAAAAUCGAAAAUCAUUUAGAAAUCUUCGACCAAAAAUUGAUUCAUAAAAAAUCCGUGGCGGAACGAUUCGUUCAAAGACUAAUUUGCGGCGUUGGGAUGUUGGACGAUCGAUUUGCAACGAAAUAUUUGAUAAGUUUAGACGAGGAUUUUAACGAAAAUCAGGCGAAAAUGACGUAUUUAUUUCGAAUCGAUGCGUUAUCGACGCCGGUUUUGUACCCGGACGAUAAAAAACUCGAUUACUUUUUGGUUGAAGACGACGAUCUGCAUCCGGGAUUCGGCAAAAUUCAAUUAAAAGACGAUAUGAUGAAGGAAUGGGGCGAAUUUGUUAAUUUAAAUCAUUUUUUGAGACGCGAUAAAAUCCAAUCGAAAAUAGUGGAAUUAUUAGCAAAAGCAGCAUCGAAAACCGACCUAACCAACAUCGAUGAAUCAAUUUUGUGCGGAUCCCCCGGAAAAAUUGUUUCUCCAUCGAUUUUAAACAAAAUCCUCCACUCCCCAUCACAAAACCACCUUUAUUUUGGCUCGGAAAAGAAUUUCCCGCACACGAAAGAUUUCCGAAUCGCAAUUGUGGAUGAACCGGAAGGAAUUCGGAUACAUUUGGAGUUUUUAUCUCCAAUUUUAAACAAUCAAAUUUUAGAUAUCCGAGUUUUAGUGGGAAUUAACCUCGAUUUUUGGCCGAAAAAAAGUGAUUUUCCUUUACGAGUUUCUUUGGCACACACCGAUUGUUUAUUGUAUCAUUUAUCGGCGAAAAGUGGGAUGUUCCUCGUUGGAUUUGGCGUUCACUCCUCAUCAUGGCAAAUUCGCUUUCCAGCGGCCGAAGAAAUCAUUUUGGAUCAUUAUGAUGAAAUGAGUACGGUUAAAAUGGUUUUAAAAGUGAUUUCGUUGAUUUUAAUCGAAAUUAACGAGAGAUACUAUGAAAAUAAGUUUUUUGGUUACUACGUUGUUAAAAGUAUGGUUUUUUAUGAGUUGGAAAAUGAUGAUUCAUAUCCAACGAUGUCGAUUGUGAGGUGGGGACCCGUCUUUUUAUCGACGAUUGUUUUGAGGGUUCUUGAUAAAUUGAUUAAGUUGAUUCGGAGCGGGUUUUGCCCCAAUUAUUUUUUUGGGCGGUGUAAUUUAAUUUUUAACCCUGGGCAUUUAAGCGAUGAAGAUUAUUUUAUGGAAUCGUGCAAAAUCCAAGAAUAUUUAACACGAUUAUUCGAUGAAUCAUUAAAAUUGUUUAAUAACUCGGAUUAUUUAAGGAUGAUUGAGUCGAUUAGAAUCGAAAUGGUCUUAAUCGAUAAAUGGAGAGGGGUAAUCCGUAAAAUGUCGCCGCCAAAAUCAACGAGAGCCAGGAGAUUUUUAACUAACUUUAAAAGGAGCUCAAUUUUUGCGCAAUACACUCAAAAACAAAUGGAAUAUAUCGGGAUGGUUUUAAAGAAUGUCUUGGAAGUUAAAAAAAAAUUGUGGAGGAACGAAAAAUUUGCGAAAAAAGUGUUAACCCGCGACGAUUUAACUGAAGAUGUCGUUUAUGUUUUAGUUUUAAUUUUAGAUCAAGCCAAAAAUGUUUAUUUAAAGAAUUUAAAAUCAAAUAACGAAAAAAUAAAAUCAAACUUUUCAUCGUCAACGAAUAAAUUGGUCCGAUUCGUCCGGAAAGACAUCGAGAUAAAUUACGAGACCAUCACAGACGACGUUGAAAUGGUAAAAAUACUCCUAAAAUGGCUCUACAAGGCGAUGGAUCAAAGCAAAAAAUAUUUCGCCCCGAUUUUGAGGCCGUAUCUAAACUCACUUUUUAAUAACUCCCAUGAAAUAUCUUGGCACAUUGAAGAAUUAACAAAAAAAUUAAACAUUGAAGAUGAAUUAGAAUCAAUGGGGAUUUUCACCACGUUGGUGAAUCAAAAAAGAAUCACCCCAGCAAGUGGGGUUAUCAACGGAUACCAAAAAAAAUGGAAUUGGGCUAAAAACAUCGUUGAUUUAUUACAAAAUAAUAAUAAAUUAAAAUUAAUCUUCAUCCCAAAAAGAGGGGAAGUUUUAAAUUAUUUGAUAACAACUCAAAAUCAAAAAAAUCGAAAGGAUAUAUUCGAACACCAACAAAGCGAUUUAAUCGAAAAUAAAUCGAUUUUUUCUAAUUACCUCGAUAAUAUUAAUCAAAACAAAAUUUUAGACCCAAAUCAACCGUUACACAACACCCUAAAAAAUAAUUCCCCCCUAAAAUUAAUUUUUAAUAAAAUUCAUAGAAAUGGUUAUCACCGUUGUGCGGGGGACAUAUUUAGAACGUUAAUAACAAUGCAUAAAUCCCACGUUUUAAUCGAUAUCUUAGUUAAUAAUUAUACCAACCAAGAAAAUAGUGUUAAAUUAAUCGAUUAUAUCAAAAAAAUAAAAUGUGGGAUUGAAUCGAAACGAAAUAACGCAGAAGAAAAUCGAUUGUGGUCACAAACGUUACCGAAAUUUGAGAAAAAUAAAGUCUUGAUUUACGACGAAAAUGAUAAAAAGAAAUUUAAGGAGAAAUAUACGUUAAUUCGGGAGGAUUUCGAUACUAAGGAUAAAGUUGUGUUGAAAUUUUUGAAUGAUACUUCGUUAUUGGGGAGUUGUAGAGCUGCGAGAUUAAAGGAUACGAAAAGUAUUUUGUAUAUCGAAGAAAGUUUUAAAUUAAAUUAAUUUCAAAUCUU